AAAAGGCAAGUCGUCGGGUUAUAUUCAAUAGAAACAAAAAUUGAAUUUAUUCUUUGAUAAUUUUUUGAAAGUGAAAAAUAAUAUUAGAGAACAUCAUGCAAAUCAAAAUUGGUAUUUUAUCCGCUGCUCUAAUCGCUAACGAUUUUAUAAUAUCGUUACGUAAUGUAGAUCCAUCUCACUACAAGUUCGUAGCAAUUGGUGCUAGUACAUUAGAGUCGGCAAAAGCGUUCGCCCUCAAACACAAUAUUCCGAAAGCCUAUGGAAGCUACGAAGAACUCUGCAAAGAUGAAGAAAUCGAUCUGGUUUAUAUUUGCAAUCGUAACUUGAUGCAUUUCGCAGCUGCUAAAUUGGCGAUUGAGAACAAGAAGCAUGUCCUUGUGGAAAAACCAUUCACGAUAGAUCCAGAUACAUCAAAAGAACUCUUUGCACUCGGCAAAAAACAUGGUGUGUUUGUUAUGGAGGCAUUGUGGAGUCGAUUCCUACCAUCUUACUACACUGUACGUGAAAUUAUCAACUCAGGUCAAAUAGGUGACGUGUUGCACAUUUCGGCACAUCAUUUCACAUCGAAUUUCAACGACAGACUUUGUUUAAAGCGAAUGGGUGGUGGUGUCACCGCUGAUAUGGGCGUUUAUGCUCUGAACUCAAUUUUUGAAGGUGUUGGCUAUCAGAAACCAACCAAUAUUAAGGCAUUUGGACGGCUGUCGAUGCCUGGUGAAAGUGAGACAAGCGUAACAGCUAUUCUGGACUUCCCUAACGGAGCUACCGCCACAAUGAUGCUAAGUGCUCGUCUUGGAACGAGACAAUAUUUGGACAAGAUUCGAAUCGUAACAUACAUUGGUACAACAGGUUAUCUAAAAGUAGUCGAUUCAAUCAACAAUCCUACUAGUUUAGAAGUGAAUGGCAAAGUAAUUGACACAAAUGUAAAUGACAAUCGGAUUGGCUACAACUGGCCUAUCAGUCAUGGACUUCAUUAUCAAUUCACCGAAGUCAGAAAUUGUAUCAUGGACGGUCAGCUGACUAGCUCGUUACAUACUUCUAAGAACACCAUUCUGUUGACUGAGACAAUCAGGAAAGUGGUUGAAGAAGUAGGUGCAGAAGUGGAGGAAACACCAAGAGAACUUGUUGCCCAAUACUAUGGCAAAUCAAAUAAGUUGUCAGCAUCAGAGCCUAAAAGUUUGUGCAUACCACCUACCAUUUACCAUGGCACCACGCCUAGAGACGGGGACUAACAUAAGGAAUCUUAUGGAGGUUGAAAUUCAGUCUACAAAAUUAUUAUUUAUUUAAGAUUAGAAAAGAAAAGAGCUGCGAGCGGGGCGGGGCAAGCGAAAAUUUUUGCAUCAUUAUUAAAUUUCGGUAAUGAAAAUAAUGAAGAAUAAUAGAUGGUAUGGUAUCGUAUGGAUCAUGGUGACCAUGGGCAUUGGCGUUAUGGGCUUCAAAAUUCGUGGGCGGUGGGCAAGGCAUGGGCACUUUCAUAAAACGUGGGCGCCCAACAAACUAGGACUUUUCAUCGUACUUCCUUCAAUUCAAAAUUGUUAACAAAAUCAUAAAUAAAAUUGGCAGCAGAAACAACUGAUGAACGAAACUUUGCAGACGCUGGAAUCAUUCUAAGUCCAAAAAGGACACAGUUGACAGGACUAUCUUUAGGAGACCUUUUCUACAUACAUACAAGUGUAGAAUUACCUUUGUAAUAAAUUUUUACGGUG